AUGAGACUACCCGCCCUUAUUUUCUUCUCCUUCUUGGGUGUAGUAUCCUCGGCGCCCUACAGCGAGUACAUCCUGGCUCCCUCCUCUCGAACUGUCUAUCCAGUCUCCGUAUAUAAUGUCAACGGUACCGUUAGCAAUGCCGAGGGGCUGCUCAACGGUGCCAACAGCACAGUGACAUUCGAGGCAUCAUCUGCCGUUACCCUCGACUUUGGCAAGAACAUUGCUGGCCAGGUCUCUCUCGUGGCUGGAGAUUCGGUCUACUCAGAGGAUGCCGUGAUAUGGAUCACAUUCACCGAGUCCAGCGAGUGGAUCAGCGGGAAUGCCAGCGAUUCUACGGCUACCUAUGGUCUGGAUGAACCCAUAUUCCUGCCCGUCGGACAGGGCGCUGGCCUAUACACGGUAGACAGAAAGCAUGCGAGAGGCGGCUAUCGGUACCUAAGUCUCAAGAACAACGGGACCGGCGACAUUGAGCUGACUGGCCUUGCUGUCUACUAUACAGCUUCGCCUACCUCGGACCUGCAAGGCUAUACAGGAUAUUUUCACAGUGAUGAUGAGCUUAUCAACAGGGUCUGGUAUGCAGGAGCGUAUACAAAUCAGCUUUGCAGCAUUGACCCUCAAUACGGAGAUGCGCUGAUUCAUGAGAAUGGUCAAGUAGACCCGCCAACCUUUCAGACCUGGUACUACAACUACACCAUAACUAAUGGAUCAGUAUGCCUCGUGGACGGCGCCAAGCGGGACACCCUCGUCUGGCCAGGCGACAUGUUCAUCUCCGGGCCCUCCAUUGCCUACAGCACCUACGACAUGGACGCCAUAAAGAACUCGAUGGAAUCCCUCCUCCUCCUCCAGACCGCCGCAGGUCUCCUGCCCUACGUCGGUGUGCCCUUUUUUAGUAUCAUCAACGCAGUCUCCUUCACAUAUCAUCUCCACAACCUGAUCGGCAUGUACAACUACUACCAUUAUACCGGUGAUCAGGCCUGGAUUACCCAAUACUGGGACCAGUUCAAGCUUGGCGUGGGCUGGUCUCUCAGCAACGUAGAUGACACGGGCUUGAUGGAUGUCACGUCCAGCGCGGAUUGGCUGAGAAGUGGCAUGGGUGGACAUAAUAUCGAAGCGAAUGCCAUCUUGUAUUACGUUCUGAACCUGGGGAUCGAGCUGGCCGGCGUGUUGGGCGAUGCCACGGCCGCGACGGAGUGGAGUGCUGCGGCGGCGAGAUUGAAGGUGGCAGCGAACUCGUUGCUAUGGAGGGAAGACCUGGGCUUUUACGUUGAUAACGAGACCACGACUAUGACUCCGCAGGAUGGGAAUAGCUUCGCUGCGCUUGCCAACCUGACUCUCAACUCCUCGCAGGUCAGCUCCAUCUCUAGCAACCUGAAGUCCCGGUGGGGCCAGUACGGUGCCCCUGCGCCCGAGUGUGCAAGCACCCCGGCGACCAUCUCGCCCUUUGCUAGUGGAUUUGAGCUGGAGGCGCACCUUGUUGCGGGUGACGCCGAGGCAGCGCUGGAGCUUAUGCGUAUACAGUGGGGUGACUUUAUGUUGGACGACCCGAGGAUGACCAACUCGACGUUCAUCGAGGGGUACAGUGCUGAUGGCAGUCUACACUACUCUCCCUAUACCAAUGACCCAAGGGUCUCACUUGCCCACGGCUGGUCGACUGGUCCAACCAGCCUGCUCAGCCGUUACGUCGCCGGCAUCCAGAUCGUGAGCGCGGCCGGACAGGAGUGGAAGAUAGCGCCUGCGGUGGGCGACCUCACGACCGUCUCGUCGGGCAUGGCCACGACCUUGGGCAACUUCACGGUCGACAUCACCGCGGACGGCAGCGGUGGCAUCACAGCUUUGAGCUUCAAGACGCCCGCCGGAACCACAGGCGACGUGGUCCUGCCGAGCGAUACUGCGGGGUCUUUGACGACUAGUUCAGGACAGACGAUCGCUCUGACAGAUGGCGUGGCAACUGGCUUGAGUGGUGGGAACUGGGCACUGACUUCUUAGAAGGAUUUUUCCCCUAUACUUUUCCAUCAUUAUUUCUCUUCUUCCAUCUCGUCUACUGGCGGAGGAAACGUUAGACAUGGGAUGCAAAGAGGUGUGACGUUUGCUGAGUAAAACGAUAUAUAAUUCACUAUUCGUCCAUCGAUCAUG